AUGGGCUUGCUGUGUUUUAACAGUGCCAAAUUUCGGAGAUCCACGUUGCGGCUUCCCCUUGCGCUCUGGAUCAUAUGCCUCGUUGCUUUAGAGGACAAUCCGAGCUUCACCUGCAACCACACAAAAAGCCAGUAUGCCGCUGCAUACCGUUCCCUCACGCAUCCUUUUGCUUGCAUGGCGUCGGGCACCGCACAGCUCUCUCUUGUUCCGUGUUUUGCCGGUGUUUCGGGUUCGGUGGUGUUGAAACCCAAGCUAUUUUUUUUGUUUUACAAGAGGGUUGGGGAAGCCACAAAGCCUCUUCGUUUGCGUCGCUGUAGGGACCGCUAA